CACCAAACAAUGCAUUUGAUCUGUCGACUCCAGACUCAAAAGCCUUGAUUCCCACUACUCAACUCGCGCCCUUGCUCUUUGUUUCCUAGUCCAUCUAUCAUCACUUGCGCUCCUACUUAGCGUGGCUGCGGCGCCGACCGCAUUCUUCUCUCCGCCGGUCUCCAUUCCUCACAUCCAUACCCAAACAUGCAGUCGUUGGAACGAGACACCCCUCGAGAGCUUCGAGAGGAUGAAUACUCUCUGAGACACCAGCAGUCCGUCUCUUCUGACCUUGGCUUCCGGGCCCUGGUACCAAUGUGGGACAGUUCUGAUCCCGAACGUUGCCCGCCGCCUCUGCCUCUUAACCCGCAGUCGCCGAAGGGCUUCACCUCGCGAGCCGGCACCUCUAGUGCCAUCCAGUCUGCGCACGCCGCGCUUAGCGAGCGCGCGCGCGAGAGCGCCCUUGUGCCGUCCCUCAUGAAGGGUGGCUCACACCGCCGCAUGCAGUCGAUGCAGCCCUCUUCAGUCAGAGAUCUCAGCUUGAUGAUCGAGGGAAACAACAGCCCAAAUGUGUCGCCCACCCGAUCACCAGAAAAGUUUGCCCGUCCGCAGACACCCGUUCGAUCCAGGGACGAGGCCCGGUACAGGGACGAAGCCCGGUACAUCGAUAGAGAAUCCUCCACGGGCACGCCAACCCCAGGACCGAGCCUGACUCCUAUCUUACGACCUACUGUUCGACGACCGCCUCCUCAGAGCAUCCUGGGCGAGAACACCCCCCCACAAUCAUCAACUAUGCUUGCCCUGCAAAAUAUGGGCCAGCAGCAGCAGACUCCGGCAGCUAAGGAGCCUGAGGCCCCCUUGACCAACAUUACCAACGGUUCCUCAGCUGUGGGUAAGCACCCGCAAAAUCUUGAUCUGCUGUCGAACCAGAUUCUCAGCCUCACAAGUAUUGCAACAUCUCUACAGAAGGAGAUGUUGCAGCUCAGCCGAAGAAGCAGAGACAACGCCACUGAUCUGCUCAGUCUCAAGGAGGCUACUACGACGAGAGAUGAAGAUAUUCGAAAGAGUUUGAGAGAGCUCAUCAGCACUGGCAGCGAUGGGAGCUCCAGAUUCUCCUCCCGGGAUCCGUACCCAACAUACUACCUGGACAACAAGCCGCACAAUAUAUCUCCCAAUACUGCCAGGUCUUCCGCUUUCCAACUGCCUAGAAUCCCUUCUCCCAAGAGUUUCAUUGAUUCUAUUGAUCGAGGUUCCAUGAGCACCCCUUCUCUUGCUGGUUCCGAGGCUCCCCCCUCUGUCGCCCUCCUGGAGAAGAUUAUCCGGGAAAUGGGCACCAAGGAGGGCCAGGACUCUCUACUUAGUCGUCUGAUCGAGGUCUCCACCAAGCUCUCGGGAAUGGCCACCGCGACCAAAGUGGAUGAACUCGUCCAACAGAUCAGGGCCCAGAGCGAGCAAGCAGUUGUGUUGAACGCAAAUGUGAGCAGAAGUCGAAACUUGAGCUUCGACGACGAAUCCAGCCAAACAUCCGCUCCCGAGCGUCCCAGGAGCGGCCCGGUGCUGCAAAGAGUCGAACAUCUCAUGAAGAACGAGAGUCGAAGAAAUUCCGAACCUUCCUCUGGUCGAGGUGCUGGCCUUCUCAACGAAGACCUCAUCAACAUUAUCCGCUCCGUCAAGGACAGUGUGGCCCAAGGAGGUGGCCUCACUGCGGAGGUCAAGGCUCUUGUCCGAGAACUCCGUGGAGAGGUUCUGGGCAUGGGCCGGGAAAUCGGCCGAAGACUCGAGCAGGCGGCUUCCCGGAAGCCGGUCGAGGAACACGAGAGCCCAAGCAAGGACGAAGUUGCUCGUGUGAUUGAUGAAGGCCUUGAGCAGAUGAAGGAUCAGCUCAACCACGUCCUCCGGGAGCACAGGCGUCAAUCUGCUGCAUCAACCAACACGCAGAAGACCGCUGUCGACUACCAGGAGAUUUACAACGCCAUGCGUGCAGCGCUUCAAGACAACGAAACUGCCCGAGGCAACAUGCCCGACUUCAGCAGAGAGGAUGUUAUCGAGGCUGUCAAGGAUGCCUGGGAGAACUACAAGCCCGAGAUUGAAGUCCAGCAGCUUGGCCUCGAACGAGAGGAGGUUCUGGCCUGCCUCAAGGAAGGCCUCCAAGAAUACGCCCCUCGUGAUGAUCGUCCCCCUUCUGCGACAAGGGAUGAAGUUUUCACAGCUGUUGUUGAAGGCUUGAGGCACUUCGUUCCUCCCCAGGUUGAGACCCCUGCCACCUUGUCUCGAGACGAGAUCAUUGAAGCGGUUCGGGAUUGCCUAGAGGAGUUUGAGUUCCCAGUGGCUGCGUCAGCCGUUGGAUCCAGCGAAAUUACCCACGAAGAUGUGGUCCACGCCGUUAGAGAGGGCCUCCAUGAUCUCGAUAUUUCCUCAAGUCGGGCCCUGAUGCCGGCACCGUCCAAUAAUGACGAAGUAACUGCACGUCUCCACGAAAUUGCAGAGUUCCUUCAACGCGAGUUCAAGGCCGUCUCCGAAGAGGCCAAGGAGAAUGUUGCGGCCAACGGUCGUGAUACAGAGCAGGUUCUCGACGCUACGAAGGAUGGUUUUGAGAGCCUUCGGGCAGCCAUCGAGUCAUACGUCGAUCGCGCCACUGGAGUCGCUGGUCAGGAGGAGUUCAUGGAUGGCCUUCUGAAAUCCCUGGAGGAUUUCAAGGAGGAGAUUGCGGGAAUGGUUACCGAGUCCCACGAAGAGGCUCAGGAGAAGCUCCAGACUGAGCUCGAGGGCCUGCGUGAAGUUGUCAACUCCUCCAUGGUUCCUGCCCCCCCUCCCGUUUCCCACUCCAAUAACCAGGAAGUUCUUGAGGCCCUCAACACUGGAUUCAACAACUUGCGACAAGAGAUCCUUCGACCGCGAGCCGAGACCAGCGAGAUCCUUGACGCCCUUAAUGAUGGCCUCAACGAUCUCCGCGCUGGUAUGGACCGAGUUACCAACAAGCCUAUGGACUUGACAGCAAACGACGAAAUCCUUGAUGCUCUCAAGGUCGGUCUUGAUUCCGUUCGGACAGACAUUGAAUCCAUUCGUGACAACAAUGAGAAGGCUGUGGUCGCACUGGAUGCACCAGCUGACACCGCCAACGACGAGCUUCUCGAUGCUCUCAGGUCAGGACUCGAUUCCGUUCGCUCAGAUAUUGAGGCACUCCGAGAGAGCACUGCCGAGAGAGCUGUGGCAACAGUUGAUCAGCCAGACAACAGCAAUGAGAUUCUUGAUGCCCUGAAGCAUGGGCUCGAUUCCGUUCGCUCGGAUAUCGAGGCACUCCGAGAGAGCAGCCAUGAGAGAUCGGUGGCCCCAGAUGAUGACAUUGGUAACGAUGAAAUCCUGGAUGCUCUCAAAACCGGCCUCGAGUCUCUCCGCUCAGACAUUGAGACACUCCGAGAAACCAACAACGAGCGAGCAGUUGCUGCCGUUGAUACACGCUCUGAGACUUCCGAAGGCUCCGAUGAGAGGAUCUUGGAGGCUCUUAGGUCUGGGCUCGAGUCUGUCCGCGCAGAUAUCGAGACUCUGCGAGACAGCAAUAAUGAGCGGGCCCUCGCCACAGUUUCGACUGAAUCUGAACCUGAGGAGUCUGUGGUUCCCGCUGAUAUGCUAAGACAAGACGACAUCAAGAACCUCGAGGUUCUGAUUGCUCAACUCAGUAACAAGGUCGAGGCCAUGGAGCCAGAGACUGAGAGCAUCCAGAAAGAUGAUCUCGGCCGUGUGGAAGAGAUGAUUCGCAACGUCCAGGACGCUGUGGAUGAACUUAGUUCUCGAGAGCCUGUCACUACUGCACGUGCUGUUGAAAACGACGAAUCUGAAGCCAGCACCCACAAAAACGAUUUUAGUCGCAUGGAGGAGAUGAUUCGCAAUGUCCAAGAUGCUGUUGAUGAACUCAGCUCCCGAGAACCUGUCACUACCACGCGCGCCAUUGGCAAUGAUGAGUCCGAAGACAAUGCCCAGAAAGUCGAUUUCAGUCGCAUGGAGGAGAUGAUUCGCAAUGUCCAGGAUGCUGUCGACGAGCUUAGCUCCCGAGAGCCUGUCAACACCACGCGCGCCAUUGGCAACGACGAGUCCGAAGACAACGCCCAGAAAGUGGAUUUCAGUCGUAUGGAGGAGAUGAUUCGCAAUGUCCAAGAUGCUGUUGACGAGCUUAGCUCCCGUGAGCCUGCCACUACUGCACGUGCUAUUGGAAACGACGAGUCUGAAGAUAACGCCCAGAAAGCUGAUUUCGCUCGCAUGGAAGAGAUGAUUCGCAAUGUCCAGGAUGCUGUUGAUGAACUCAGCUCCCGAGAACCUGUCACGGCUGCUCGUUCGGUUCCAAAAGACGACUCUGAGGUUAACGGCGAAGAUGCUGCCUCCAAGGACGAUGUCGUGGCCAUUGAGACGAUCUUGCGCAACACUAAAGCGCGCCUGGACGACCUUAUUGAUGGUGACCAGGCUGUUCGCAAGGAGCAUGUCGAUGCCAUUGAGACCCUUCUUCUUGAGACUCGUGAAUCCUUGGGAUCCCUCAGCACCCAGGUGGAUUCCGCCGCGAUCAAGGAGGAGAUGUCGAACCUUGAAACUCUCAUCACUCAAGUCACUGCUGGGCUUGACGAGAUGAAGGAGCGUGCAGACAAGGAGAGUGAGAACCCCGACAAGGUCACCAAGACGGAUGUCGAAGCUGUUGAGGCUCUUGUCCUUGAACUCAAGGCCACAUUGGAUGGCGUUGCCAGUACUGAUUUCGCCACCUUCGCCAACAAGGAGGAUAUUACAAGCCUCGAGACUAUUGUCAAGGAGUUCCAGGAAAAGCUGGACACCACGGUUGACUCUCAUACUAAGGCCGUCGCGGUCCGAGACGAGGAGAUGACUGGCGUCGGUGAGCGUGUCACCGAAGUCAAGAGCUUCCUCGAAGAGUUCCAAGAGACCAUCAAGUCUAGACUUGAGGAGGGAUCGACCGGGGUCGAGUCUCUCGGCAAGCUUCUCGAGACCAUGGGUGAGAAGAUCGACAAGAACGAUAGCGUUGGUCAGGACCUCAAGGAGAUGUUUGAGACGAUGAAGACUGAGUUCGAGGACUCCAAGGCUGUCGUUUCUGGCGUCAAGGUUGAAUCAAAUGAGAAACUCGAGGAGGCGACCACCAACCUCGGUACCAAGAUUGACGACAAGAUUGGCGAGUUGGUUGCCAAGUACGAUGAGCUGCAAACCAUGCUCGAUGAUAGGAGCAAGGUCAGCGAAGCUCGAGACGUCACGACAGAGGCUGCCGUUGUGGGAACCAAGGCCAUCGCCGAUGAGCUCAAGCUUCUCAUUGAUACCCUGGGAUCCACGGUUACCGACUCCCUGGAGAAGAUGGAGGAGGCAUCCAAGACUGUCUUUACCAGCGUCGAGGAUCUCGUGGCCAAGAAUGAGGAGAACCACACCGAAGACAAGACAGAGCACCAGCAAACCCGCGACCAAGUCACCCAGGCUCUGUCCGCCGUCGAAGGCCUCAAGGGAGAAGUUGGCGACUUCCAGCCGAAGAUCCUUGAGGCUGUCAAAGACAUUCUCCUCCUUGUCGGCGAGCAUUUUGAGCACUCCAGGUCUUCAACUACCGAUAUUCAGGACAAGCUUAUCGAGUCACAACCUUCAGAGGCGCUCAAGAUGUUGCUCCCUCCGGAGAAGUACGACAACACCGAGGUCCACGAGAAGCUUAACAAGCUGGUGGAGGAGAAAUACGAUGACGCUGAGGUUCGCGAGAAACUUGCCUUGAUCAUCGAUCAGAAAUACGACGAUGCUGAGGUUCGCGAGCGAUUGGACCGCCUCAUUGAGCAGAAGUACGAUGAUGCUGAAGUUCGUGAGAAACUCGACCUUAUUGUCUCACAGAAGUACGAUGAUUCAGAGGUUCGCGAGAAGCUUGGCUUGAUCAUGGAUCAGAAAUACGACGAUGCUGAACUGCGCGAGCGACUGGAUCUUCUCAUCUCACAGAAGUACGAUGAUACGGAUGUUCGUGAGAGGCUCGACGUGAUUGUGGGACAGAAGUACGACGAUUCGGAUGUUCGCGAGAGGCUUGACUUGCUUGUGGCACAGAAGUACGACGAUGCCAAUGUGCAUGAGAAGCUCGACGUAAUUGUGUCCCAGAAGUACGACGAUAUCAUUGUGCAUGAGAAACUCGACAAGCUUGUUGAGCACAACACCACUGCGGACCAGGCCUUCUCUCGCCUUGACACCCUCGACAAGGUCCACGCGUCCGUGGUUAAGACGGCCGCUGAUAUCUCCGAGUUCUUGUCCAACCAAACACAGCGCGUCGCAGAUGACCACGAGGACCGGGAGAAGACUCUUCGGGAGACAAUCGUUGCGACCGAGCGCAAACUGGUCGAGAAGGACCAUGUUGAGGCGUCGGUCCUGAGUCUUCGCAUCGAAGAGGCCAGACUCCGAGACAGCAUCACGAGCCUGCGAACGGAGCAAGAGAAUCUGAUCCGACAAAGGACCAGACUCACUGCCGACGUAUCUUCUCUUGAGACGGCCAUGCGUCUGCGCAAGGAUGAGUUGUACGAGAUGGAGGGCCGCGCAGAGACGCUGGAGCGCCGCAUCUUGGAGGGAGUCAUGGAUCACUCCCGCGUACUCCUCAUGUCCAAGGGCAACAAAAACGGCGACGCGAUGAGCCGCAAGCGAGUCAAGAAGCCUGCUAAUGACAACGAAUCUGCCCAAACUCCUCGCAAGCCGAUGGUGAACAUGGCCUUGGCGGCGAGGCGAAGCAUCGCGUCCUCCCCUGCUCAGGGCGGAGCCGGAAAUGCCAGAAGAAUCGUGUCGCUCAGCCAGAUUAAUAACAACGUGGCGUCGACUGGCUUCAAGAGGAGCCAGAGCGUGAGGACUCCUGCUGGCAGGGGCAAGGCCUACCGAAAGCGAAGCUGGGGUGGCGACCUCGAGCAGGGUUCUGGUGAUCUGGACAAGGAAAACGUGGACGUUGACGAGACCGUCGAGGAGGUUGACGAGCAAGACGCUCGUCCGACGACGCCAGAGCCGGAUCUUCCAGGUGACGACGACACGACGACGCUUCACUUAGGAGUCAACGAUGAUGGAGUCGACAGCGACAAUGAGACGCUGCGUCGGAGCAGUAGAGGUACCGUGGUCACCAACAGUACAGACAUGUACACCGAGUCAGAGGGCGGGUACACCGAGUACAGUGACACGGGGAGUGAGUGGACGGAGAGCGCGGUGGGAACCGAAGCCGGCGACGGCAAUGAGCUGGUGGUUUAUGGACGGUAGCGACCGUGAUGCGACGAUACAGUGAUGCGGUGAUACCGGGGUCUGGUUAAACAACUUGGGUUCAAAGGGAACACGGAGUCUGUGAUGAAAGCAUGCGUACGAGUCUGAAUCUGGAUUGGGUGUUUUGUUAUCAUUGACGGCAGAGACUGGAGCUAGACUGGGAAGUCUUUGGUUUCGUCUCUUCUCUUUGGUUGAGUUCUGUCUGGUCUGGUGUUUCUUCAAUUAUUAUUUAUAUUUUCUUUAUGAUUCACAAUGAAGAUUUACAAAAGUGUUUCAAAGAGUUCUU